GAAGGUCACGGCGAGACGAGCCGUUUAUCAUUACGAUAGGUGUCAAGUGGAAGUGCAGUGAUGUAUGCAGCUGAGGCAUCCUAACAGACCGGUAGACUUGAAC